AGAGCCCAACCCUGCAAGAGCCCUGUCCCUGGGAACUUAAAAAACGAAUGAGCAGCUGGCAGUUUCUGUGGAGACAAUCUCUGUUUUGAAUGGAGGAACUCCGUGCGUGGGUCCUUGGUGACUAGCAGAUGCCAGACCAAUUACCUACCAGGAAUGGAGGGGAGGAGAGAAUGUCCAUUUCUCCACAUCAUGCCCAGGAGGCUGUGGGAGGUUACAGUGGUAAACACCUAUUGAUAUUGUCCCGUGUAUUUUACACUAAGUCUUCAGAAGUUUAACUUGGCCAGACCUGACAGAAGCCUGAUCUGGACCUUCGCAGACCUUCUCAUUUAAGUCUCCAACUCACAGUCUCCUCUCCCACUGCCGGAAACACCCCUCCAGGGCCCUUCGCCAGUUGCCAAUGUACCAGCUGACAGCCAUCCCCGCAAGUGCCCUUGUAGAUGAGCCAGUUCACAUCCGAGCAGCAGGCCUGCCCCCACUGGAGAUGGUGACGCUCAAGGCAUCGCUAAAGGAUGAGAAAGGGAAUCUGUUCCGGUCCAAAGCCUACUAUAGGGCUAACGAGGCGGGGGAGCUGGACCUGCAGCAGAGCCCUUCACUUGGGGGCGACUAUGUGGGCGUCCACCCGAUGGGCCUCUUCUGGUCUCUGAAGCCUGAGAAGUCUUUCAAGAGGCUGUUAAAGCAGGAUGUGAUGAACAGCCCCUUUUGGGUCACUCUGGACCUCUGUGACUCAGUUAGUCUGGAUGAGUCGACCAUGAGCCAGCCCAGGGCCAGCCAGAAGGUGCAGCGAUGGUUCUCCGUCCCCGGGAUGCAGCGGCUGCAGGUCCGAGAAGGUCGCGUGCGAGGAGCCCUUUUUCUACCUCCAGGGGAAGGCCCUUUCCCAGGAAUCAUUGAUUUAUUUGGGGGCAUUGGGGGUCUGAUUGAAUUUCGGGCCAGUCUUUUGGCGGCCCGUGGCUUUGCCGUCCUGGCAUUAGCCUAUAUCGCCUAUGAAGAUCUGCCCAAAUGUCCAAUGGAGGUGGACCUGGAAUAUUUUGAGGAAGCUGCCAACUUGCUACUCGCUCAUCCCAAGAUCCAAAGGCCAGGAAUUGGAGUGAUUGGCGUGAGCAAAGGUGCAGAGAUCGGGCUGGCCAUGGCCUGCUUCUUAAAGCAGGUGGUAGCCACCAUCUGCAUCAAUGGGAGCACUGCCAUCUUUCACUUUCCGCUCAAGUAUAAGGAUAUGGUUAUAAGGCCCAUCUGCUUAUUUAUAGAACGCAUACAGAUGGACGUCUUGGGGCUUGUGCGGUUCCUCCACCUUGCCGGGGACCCCCAGGAUGAGCAGAAUCAGCAGAGUGUGCUUCCUCUUGAAAAGGCCCAGGGUCCGAUCCUCUUCAUAGUAGGAGAGAAUGACGAAUGCACCAAAAGCAGAGAAUAUGCUGAGCAGGCCCUUCACCGGCUGUGGAGCCACGGGAGAAACGAUGGAAGGAUGCUGGCAUAUCCUGGGGCAGGCCACCUCAUAGAGCCGCCCUAUGGGCCCCUGUGCUAUGCUUCCCGAAACUACAACACUCCCUGGCCCGUUGUCUGGGGAGGGGACCCUCCCGCUCACUCGGCAGCGCAGGAGCACUCCUGGGAGGAGAUCCAGAAAUUCUUCAGGCAACACCUUGUUCAGACCAGGAGCAAACUCUGAGCAAGGGCUAAGGCUGGUGUCGGGGCGGUGAGGCACCAAAGUGACAAUAAGGCAGGAGGGUGUUUAGAUUCACAAUUAUCUUGAUUAACUGGAAGGAAAUUGGAUAAAAUCAAGGGACCAGAACACAGGUCAUCUUAAGUAUUUCUGACACAUUUAUAUGUGCUUUGCAUUUUUUGUAAAUCGAAUCUUAGUUUAUAUGCAUGAGGAUACAUUGCUAUUUCAAAACUGUGAUACCCUUGCAAAUUGAAUAAUCUUUUGUACCCCUAUUAGGGAUAUCUUGGAUCCAAGAAUUGCCAAUCUAGAUAAACUCUCUGGAACUUUACUUGUGGAAAUGUGUUUUCUGCUUAAAAUAUUUUGAGUUGAGUUUCUGACAUUUUAUAUGAAAAGUUUUAAUACCCCCAUCACAUGUAACGCUUGCUCUAGAUUUCCAGUAGAAAUUUAUGGAUUUUUCUUAGAAUAGUUUUUUACUCCUAAAAUAUAUUUCUUCUUUACAGUUUUAAUCAGGAAUGGAAUUGAAUACAGUCAUGUGUCAUUGUAGCAUUUAUUGAAAUUUAAUUAAUAUAUUUAAAACAAUUAGAGCAAUACUUGGCAUGUAGCAAUUACUAUAACAGGGUUAGUUAUUAUUUCCAUAAUGAUUUCUUCUUUUAAUCUGUUAGGUGAAUUGCAUAUAUUAUGGACAAAUUUUGCUUAUUCAUCUCAUUUUAAUAGGUAAAUUUCUCACACUGACUAAUUGCAGUUUUAAAAUUUCUUUUGGAGCCAACCUGGCCAUUUAUGUUUUCUCAGAAUUUCACACAUAUUUUCUAGAACACGAAAAAUGGGCAGAGGGCCUGAAUAGACUUUUUUCAAAAGAAGACAUACACUUAGCCAAUAGGCACAUGAAAAUAUCCUCCACAGCACUAGUCAUCAGGGAAAUGCAAAUCAAAACAAAGAAAUAUCGCUUCACACGAGUCAGCAUGGCUACUGGCCAAAAGACAAGAAAUACGUGUUGGCAAGGAUGUGGAGAAAACGGAACCCUCCUACUCGCAGGCAGGAGGGUGAUAGGUAGAAGGCAUGUAAAUUCAUGCAGCCACUGCGGAAAACAAUAUGGAGGUUCCUCAAAAAACUAAAACUAGAAAUACCACAUGACUCAGCAAUUCCACUUCUGGAAACUUAUCCACAGAAAACAAAAUCACUAAUUCGAGAAGAUAUAUGCGCUCCUAUAUUCACUGCAGCAUUAUUUACCAUAACAAAGAUAUGGAAGCAACCAAAGUGUCUAUCAAUAGAUGAAUGGAUAAAGAAGAUGUAAUUCAUAAGCACAAUGGAAUAUUACUGAGCCAAAGAAAAAGAAGGAAACCUUGCCAUUCGUGACAACAUGGAUUGCCUUAGAGUGUAUCAUGCCAAGUGAAACAAGCCAGGCAGAGAAGACAAAUACCAUAUAUAUGAUCUUACUUCUAUGUGGAGGCUAAAAAAUAAAUAUGGACAACAGACUGUUGGUUACCAUAGGGAGGGGGCUGGGGGAUGAGUGAAAUAUGUGAAGGGGAUAAAAAGGUACAAACUGCAAAUUGUAAAAUAAGUUAGUCAUAGGACUGGAAGUACAACAUAGAGAAUAUAAUCAAUAAUAUUGUAAUAUCUUAGUAUGGUAAGAGAAGUACCCUUUUGUGGCAAGCAUCUAGUGAUAUAUAUAAUUUUCGAGCCACUAUAUUAUACAUUGAAACUAAUAUUGUAUAUCAACUUUAUUCCAAUAAAGAAUAACAAAAAAAGCAAGCAAGAAAACUGAGCUAUUGAAAGGCCUUUCUAGAAAUGAGAUGGAGACCUCUUUGCUACCCCUGUGAUUUACAUGUACAAUGGAGGAUUUUCUUAACAUAGUUUAGAUAAAUUUGUUAACAUUUUUCAGACUAAACAGCAAAACGAAAAGAGACUUAAGAGUCUUAUCAACCAAAUGCUAUGUGUGGGCCUGGUUUGAACAAAGUGUAAAAAGACAUUUUUGGGACAAUUAGAGAAAUAUGAACAUGGACUGGAUAUUAAAUGAUGCUAAGAAAUUA